AUGGACUUCAAUCCGGACCACGAGAAGUGGCAAUGUUGUUGCUGUCACGUCGUUUCCGGCCUCAAGAUCUUGUCGGUUGUGGAGUUGGUCGCGUCCAUACUCUUCCUCGGCGUCUUUGGCUACAAUGCCUUUACGUCGGAAAAGGUGAGCUACGGUACAUUACUGUAACAAAAGUUUUGUCAACUUUACAAGGCUUUUUGCGGUUAUAUAUAUUACUCAAGACAAGACAAGACUAAACAUUAAUUUUUAAAUAUUUUUUCUAUUUUCAAUUAAUUUCAAAAAAAACUUUACAAUUGUGAUGUAUAUCAUCAUAUCUCGUCCAUUUCAGCGCACUGAAGACUUCGUCUUCGCGAUAACAUUACUUGGCCUAUGUCUGGCCACAGCAAUCAGUUCCGCCCUGCUUGUAGCCGGUCUGUUCAAACUACAUGCCAAACUCAUGUACCCGUCGGUAGCCGUCAGGGUAGCGAUUGUUAUUUUUGUUGCUGUAAGUCAUGUUUUUCGAGAUUGAUCGUAAACAAAGACACGUGCCCUCAAUUAUAUUGUUAUAGGUAUUUGGUGUUAGUCAUAUUGUUUUGCGGCCGGAUGAAGAUGAUUACAGCCCAAGGAAUAAACCACACAGUAGUCAAUACUCAGUAAGUUCCUUUUAACAAACUACAGUGCCACUUUUAUAAUUCGUUAUGAAUAUAUAAAUCUAAUGACACUACACAGUAAAAACGUCACACCUUCAGGGACAACCUUCAAUGAUAGCGCGACUCGUCUUCUUGAUAUUCAUCAUGUUAACCUUGUGUUGUGUGGUGUUCUACACGAUAUUUCUUAUCAUGAACGCCAUCAAAUACGUCACAAAUAUGAACAAGCUUAAGGAUAGAAGACAAUCACUUAUAAAUGCUAGUCAAAUAGGUAAGAAACAACAAAAUGCAAUCCAAAUAGUCUGUUCUUUCCGCUUAAAAAUCCUUUCAAAAUUUUUACCUUUUUAUCAAAAACAAUUUUAGCUAAAUUAACAUAA